AUGCAGCUAAAAACGUAUGAAGACGUCAAAAGACUCAUGGAAGACAUCUACCAGGAGCUGAAGUUCCAGUCGAUCACCUACAUUCUCACUUCCAUGGAGAAAAGCCAGAGCUCGCCUGAUUAUCAGACGCGUUACGCUUGCGUAGCUUUUGCGCAAGUUGAAGAAUCUAACAGGCUUGUGUAUGUUCCAGUGGCAAUGAGAGCGUUCAUGCGUUUGGAUGAGGACGAGCUUUACGACUUCCUCACGGAGGAUGUAAUCUCGGAGCUCGCGUCAUAUAAACUCCGAGUGAGCUCGGUUACAACUGACGGUGAGAAGACACUUAAGAAGGUUUCCCAGCGAGUCGCCGCUUUUAUAAAUAGUUUGUCGGUUGGGCAUCUACCGUGCAUUACUGGCAUAUGUAUGAGUAGCAACAACAGGCGACUACUGAGGGCCUUGUUUAAGAUGGAACCAUUCAAGAACUGCAAGUCCAAAUUGCAGAGCGUCAAGGCUUUCUUAAGCGAUGUGGAAGUAGAGCUCCAAUUUGAAGCCUUGGGUGGGAAGCGGUUAGAAUCAUCUAUCAAUGGGAGCAAAGCUAUUUCACGUGCAUGGGAGUGGCUAGUAGAAAAUAUUGAGGCUCUCGGGAAAACUAUAGCGACAGUCAGGCUGGACUCAAGAUGGGAAACGUUAACUCCGAUGUGCAAGAAUGCGCAUGAGGAACUGCAGUGGGCUCUACAAUCCAGCGGCCAGCAAGAGGCCCGAGAUAUUCUCAGUCUAAUAAAGCCCAUCAUUCAAUUCGAUGAGCUCAUUAACGGCAAGAUGGACACCAUGUCUGUUUUCAUGGCCCUUAAGUCUCUUAAGGAAGCAUACCUUACUGUGGCGAAAACAAAAGCGGUCAAAUUCUCGAACGAAGCAGCCGCAGAGAUACAGAAGCGGUAA